GAGUGAAACUCUGUAGACUUUAAGUCCUAGACAUUAACUUGUCUUUGAUGACAGUUUACUAAUUUGUUUUACAAAGACAAUCUGAAUUAAACAUGGAUUUGAUGAAUGGUACAACCAUUCAAAAUGGAACACUAGGCAGCUCUUGGGUUGAACAUGUUUUAGUGCCUUGUUGUUUUCUUGGCAUCUGUUUUAUUCUUGGAGUCCCAGGGAAUGCUUUGGUUAUCUGGACAAUAAUAUUCCAUAUCAAGCAAAAAUCUUUUACUGUGCUUUUGAUCUUCAAUUUGGCUACUGCAGAUUUCAUGUUACUGAUUACAUUGCCAAUCUGGAUACAUGCUCUGGCUGACAACUGGGUGUAUGGCCUAUCAUUCUGUAAAUUUCUGACUUAUGUUAUUUAUUUCAGCAUGUAUGCCAGUGUGUUUUUUAUAACCCUCAUGAGCAUAGAACGACUGAUGGCUGUGCUUUUCCCAUUUGGGACUCAAAAAUGGAUGAGAAAAAAGGUACUUUAUACAUUAGUUUCAGUCAUCUGGUUUUCAUCUGCACUUUGUUCUGUGCCUAUCUUGGUGAUUCGAACAACUGUGGAGAAAAGUGGACGUGUCCAGUGUUCAGAGAGGGAAUAUUUCUCAAGGCAACAACAGAUUGCAAUCCUUCUUCUUGAAACUAUUUUUGGAUUUGCUGUCCCCUUUAUGAUACUGCUGGCAUGUUAUGCUACUGUCAUGUUUAAGAUCAAACACAUGACAUUUACAACAAGAAAGAAACCUGAAAAACUGAUUGCAGGCAUUGUGAUUGCUUUUUUUAUUUGUUGGUUUCCUUACCAUGUAUUCAACUUACUGAUGGUUGUUUCAGUAGCACUAAAAUCUUCUGGACAUGGAAGCACAGAACAUUUAGAUAAGAUAAUAAAAGCCGGGGAAAAUAUACCCGGUGCUCUAGCUUUCUUCAGCAGCUGUGUAAACCCUAUACUGUAUGCAUUUGCAGCACAAAGUGUCCGCAAAGGCUUUCAGCUGUCAAGUUUUGCCAGGCUGUUUAGGCAAAUCAGCCCAUCAGAGGAUGAAAAACCCACUAAAGAAAGUUGGAGUUUAGAAGAAAAAAUAUCAAAAAACAUAAGUAUUUGACUGUAACACCUGCUUUAUUAAUUAUGAUAUAGAUUUCUGUGUUCUGUAUUUUUUAACAUAAUUGAUGUAUAGAUAUCAGUGCUGAAACAGAGUUUUAAAUAUAAAGUAGAAAAUAUUCAGGUACAUUUUGACUGAUAUAUACAGUAGGUCUUUCACAUACUUUUGGGUUAAAUAAAUUGCAUGGAUUCUGAUUUACAACAAUUUUUGAUGUUAAGUAAUAAGAUACAAUAUAAAAUGCUUGGAUUCUGAUUUACAACAAUUUUAGAUAUUAAGUAAUAACAUGUAUCGCUGAUGUUUAUUGUGAAUGGACACAAUAUAAAAUGCUUAGAUUCUGAUUUACAACAAUUUUAGAUAUUAAGUAAUAAGAUGUAUCGCUGAUGUGUAUGGUGAAAGGAUACAGUAACAUCUCUCAAGCCACACAGAGCUAACAUGCAGUAUUGGAUAAUGAUAUAAAACAGUGAUAAAAAAAAAAAGACAGACCACCUACUUUGCACUCAUUCGCAGUCUGUUAUUCUAUUGUGCAUGUAUGAGUGUGUGUGUGUGUGUGUGUGUGUGUGUGUGUGUGUGUGUGUGUGUGUGUGUGUGUGUGUGUGAUGGGGGGAUUAAAGCUGAAGUUUUUGCUGCUUGGUUGGUUGGACAUAAAGAGUAAUAACAGAUAGAAGGCAACUGCAUGUUAAUAGAACUGGGUUUAACUUUUUCUUACAUGAUAACGCUUUCAGUAUUUCUUUUUUAACUGUUGGCAUUGUAUUAUAUUUAUGGUGGGGUCUUUGUAAAGUAUUGCGUGUAGGAAAUGUAUGGAUCACCAAACCUUACCAGCCACCAUAAUUAUUUGGAUAAACUAUUGGAUACAUUUGUGCAUGUAGGAUAUAGACAUUAAAAUAAUGUAUGAAAUUAUAACACAGUGUAAGAAUGUAAUACAAUGUAUGUAAACUACAGUGUUAAUUUAUACUGGUAUAAGGCCUUCAGUGUAAUUCAUAAAUAUGAUGUGAGAUCAGAUGGCCUUACCUUAGAACAUGAGCCAUCUGUGUAAAUGAGUUUGUAUAGUCUUAUGCAGUGAGUCUUUGAAGCAUGAAACAGUAUGCAUAUCCUUACUGCUGCCUUUCUAGCUGGGGCUUUCCCCACAUUUUUUUGUAUACUAACAAUGCUGCAUUAUUAUUUAAAUUAUACAGUACAUGGGUGACCUUAUAGACCCCCACUUAGUGAGCUGUAGCCAGGUGAAUAUCUUUGAAAAUGCAAUUAAUUUACAUUAAGGUUUUUGGCACUUUGGGCAACUAACAAGCUUGAAAGUGGUCUAUGCUUUAUUUUAUUAAGCUGCAGUAAUGAUAUUUGGACAUUGAUAUUAUUUAUGCCAAUGUUUCAGUAUUUGACUUUUGGACAAUGCAUUUUAUAUGUUCUUGUCCCUAAUGCGUCAUAUUC